AUGGGGACCAUCAGCUUCGAUAUCAACGAUGCGCUGAAGCGCUACAUGUCCGAUCCGGCCACGAUUCCCACGCCUGAAGCAGAUGCCGCGCUGUUCGACUGCGAGAAUGACCCCGAGGCGCUCACCAACCAGGUGAUCAACCCGGUGUUGAAUCCCAUCAUCGACGCGGUUGCGGACAACCCCGAUGCCAUCUUGCGAGCUGUCAACAUGGACUCAUUGCAGUUCUUACUCAAUGCCGAGACAGACGCAGUGCAUAACGACAUCGAGUCGCCCGACGAGCAAGAAUCAGUAGAACAUCACAAGCAACUAUUAGAGAUUUACGGAUUCCUUAUCCAGUGGACUAUUGCAGCGGUCGAAACCAAGGCAGCGGAAAGGUCGUCUGCGGCGCCAGUCGCAAGAGGCCGAGGGAAGCCAAAGAAGGCUUCACAAAGGGACGAUGCGUGGGAUUCAGCCGCACAGCUUCAGGGCGCGCUGGAAGUCAUGUGCAAAACUCUAAAGCUGAAACUGUCCAGAAUCUUUCUGACGACGAGUGAGAGAGAUACAUUUAUUGGGCUGCUGACCAGGCCGGUCUACAUGAUCCUGGAAAAUGAACAACGGGUCAAGACCACGACUAUCCGGAUGCACUGCUUCAAAGUGCUGUGUAUCGCGGUCAAGCAUCACGGCCAUGGCUACGCCGCUCAAAUCAACAUUAUUCAGAACCUGACAUACUUUGAGCAUCUAUCCGAACCAAUGGCGGAAUUUCUUCAUAUCCUGGCCGAGACCUACGACUAUCCUCAACUUACCGACGAAGUUUUGCGUGAAAUUAGUAAUAAAGAGUUCAACUCCAACGAUAACCGAGGACCAAAGUCGGUGUCUGCAUUCAUCACUAAAUUAUCGGAACUUGCGCCAAGAUUGGUAAUUAAACAAAUGACAAUGCUAGCCAAACAGCUGGAUAGUGAGUCAUACACUCUUCGAUGCGCUUUGAUAGAAGUGUGCGGCAACAUGAUUGCCUAUCUGAGCCGACAAGACGAGCGAAGCGAGAACCACAAGUCACAGCUGAAUGCCUUCUUUGAUGUCCUCGAGGAGCGAUUUCUCGAUAUUAACCCAUACUCACGAUGCCGUACAUUGCAAGUGUACAUGAGGCUUUGCGAACUGGAGCAAAAAUUUCCCAAGCGACGCCAAAAGGCCGCCGAACUAGCCUGCAGGAGCCUCGAAGACAGGAGCAGCAACGUGAGACGCAACGCCAUUAAGCUAUUGGGAACUCUUAUCAAGACUCACCCGUUUACCGUCAUGCACGGCGCUCAACUAUCGCGGAAAGAAUGGCAGGCCCGCUACGACAAGGUUGAAGAAGAGUUGAAUGCUCUAAAGCCUCCUCCCGGUAUGCCUGGUUUCGGAAACGCAGCAGAUACGACGGUGGAUAACAGCCUCCUCGAUGAAGCUACCCAGCUGGGCUCUCCAGAGAAGCCUCAACAAAUGACUGAUCAAGAGAGGUUUGAGGCGGUCCAGAAGGCGCGAGAAGAAGCAGCUACAAGCGAAGCGAUUGAGAAACUCACCCUGACUCGGCGAUAUUACAAUGAAGCUCUCAAGUUCAUCGACGUGUUACACGACGCCACUGGACUCGUCUGCCAGCUUCUUGGAGCCCGGAACAAGAGCGAGGUCAUUGAAGCAAUUGACUAUUUCGAGGUUGGCGAUGCCUACAAUAUUGAGCAGAACAAGGUUGGCAUCCGCCGUAUGCUGCGCCUGAUUUGGACCAAGGGCAAUAGCGACGAGGGUAAAGGCGUGCAAACCCACCUCAUUGAGUGUUACAGGAGAUUGUUCUUCGAAGCCCCGGAUUCAUUCAGCCCAAAUGAUGCCGCCAACUACAUUGCACGUAAUAUGAUCAGCUUAACGUUUGGAGCCACGCCUGCUGAAUUGACUUCAUUGGAGCAGUUGCUUGCCACAAUGAUGAAGGGCGGCGCGGUUCCUGAGAUUGUAGUCACCAAGCUGUGGCAGGUAUACGGUGUCCAGAAGCGAGAAAUUUCCAAGACUCAGAGGCGAGGCGCCAUCAUCGUGCUUGGAAUGCUUGCCACGGCCAACCCUGAGAUUGCGGUCGGUGAAAUCGAGACGAUGCUCCGAACAGGCCUAGGAUCGCUUGGACGCAAUGACUUGCAACUAGCCAAGUAUACUUGCAUUGCUCUAAGGCGGAUCAACCCCACAGGAAGGCAGGCCAAGGAGUCGAGUGCCAAGUUUUCACGGCUUCCAAACGAUCAUGCCGUCUGCUCACGGCUAGCAGCCAUAACCGAAGUGCCCUCGAACAGUAACGAAUGGUACGGGGUCGCAGAACAGGCAAUCAACGCCGUCUACGCUCUGUCUAAGCAUCCCGAUAUUCUCUGCUCAGCCAUAAUCCGGCGGAAAGCCAAACAUGUGUUUGGUGGCGUCGGCUCACGGCCGACUUCGCGAGAUGAGGAUAAGAUGGAUGAAUUCGCCGACCCUGUCUGGCCAGGCGCUACUCAAGCAUCACCGAAAAAGUCCAACAGGCGUGAUAAUGCCAUGUCUCUGCCCCAGCUCCUUUUCAUCGUCGGCCAUGUCGCCAUUAAGCAAAUUGUACACCUCGAACUUUGCGAAUUAGAUUUUAAGCGAAGAAAGCAGGAGAAGGAGAAGCAGGCGCCGGCAAAGACUGACAAGGACAAGGAGGAUGCAAACGAGUUGGAUCUCAUUGGUGGCACUACAGAGGAUGACUUUACAGAGGCAAUGGCACACAUCCGAGAGCGAGAGCUUCUCUUUGGACCGACGUCGCUCCUGGCAAUGUUUGGGCCUCUUGUAUCUGAGAUUUGCGCAAACAACACAACUUACGCAGACAAGGAUCUCCAGGCUGCGGCUACGCUGUGUCUUGCAAAGCUCAUGUGCGUUUCUUCCGAAUACUGCGAGGCCAAUCUUCCCCUUCUCAUCACAAUUAUGGAACGAUCUCCCGACCCUACUGUUCGAUCGAAUGCCGUCAUUGCGCUGGGUGACAUGGCAGUUUGCUUCAACCAUCUGAUUGAUGAGAAUACGGAUUUCUUGUAUCGCCGCCUGGCAGAUACAGACGUAUCCGUAAAGCGGACCUGCUUGAUGACGUUGACGUUUUUGAUUCUGGCUGGUCAGGUCAAGGUCAAGGGUCAACUCGGCGAAAUGGCCAAGUGUAUGGAGGACGAAGAUAGACGGAUUGCCGAUCUCGCAAAGAUGUUCUUUACGGAGCUCAGCACCAAGGACAAUGCGGUAUACAACCAUUUUGUGGACAUGUUUAGCUUGCUGAGUGCUGGCAAUAUGGAGGAAGAGAGCUUCAAGCGCAUCAUUAGAUUCCUGCUCGGAUUUGUUGAAAAGGACAAACACGCCAAACAGCUGGCUGAAAAGCUGGCGGCAAGACUGAAUCGCUGCGAGACGGAGCGGCAGUGGAACGACGUUGCGUUUGCUUUGGGUUUGCUGCAGCAUAAGAACGAGGAGAUUACGAAACUAGUGUCUGAGGGUUUCAAGGUCGUGCAGGCCGCCGCUUGA